AUGCUUGCAGAUCGCCAGUCAUCUCAGGCCGCUCCCGCCAGUACGCCGUCAGUUGACGGCCUUACCAACGGUGUCAUGGAGUUCUCCAAUGAUCCGGAGAAUGAUGUAACGUUCGGGUUCUGGUAUCGGUGUUACAAAGACCUGUUCCGAGUCGAUCUCGCGUCCCAGGACGACGCAUGGAAUGUCAGACUCCCUACCCGCAAACUGGGCCUAGCUGAACCGGAGAGAUACACAGACACGAUUCUCCUCAAGUCAUCACUCGACUUCACUUUUGGAAAAACCGUUCAAAACCUCAAUCGGAUGUUUAAAGAAUGCACCUAUUUGUUCAGUAUCCGGUACAAAUGCCUCAAACUCCCAACAGGAGAGUUUGAUGACUUCCUUGACCAUCUAGCAGUGGUCAAUCGAGAGUGCGAGAAAAAUCAGUUCAAAUCAAUGACUGAUGACCAGCUCAAAACUCUCAUUCUCAUUUGCAGCCUUCAAAUUCCUACACCAUUUAGCGAGGCUAAACAGUUGUCGUCCUGUGUCACCGUCGCAACCCCAACACCUCGUGCACGCCACCCCUCGAAAGCCAAGCGGUGUCCACACGCGGAUGCAACCUCGCCUUCCUUUGAUUACCUGGAGUUGAGAAUAAAAGGCCCUGUAGUUCUAGUCAGACAUACGAGGUCCUUCGAAGUAGGUGCUAUUGUGGCCUACCCGGCUAAACCCGAAUUUGACCGGCUCUUUUUGCCCUGUGCCGAUUCGUAA